AUGUUGAUGCUCGAGAAUGCGGAGGAAGACAGGCGUAGGGCGGACAUGGUCCUCGAGCGUUACCUGACGCUAAUCGAGCAGCAGUACGAGGGUAUAAUAUCAAAUUUACCCAAGAGUGUUCUCAACAUGAAGGUAUCCGAGGUCGACCCAAAAGCAUUGAAACCAAUUGCCCGCAUAUAUAGGCCUCGUACCGAGGCACCUGAGUCUACUGAGAAUCGUGAGCCUAACAG